AUGGAAUGUAUGAGCACGACAAAGCCUUUCCGACUGCUAAGACGUGAAGAGAAGGUAGGCGUUAGGAAAUCACAUGCGAAUAACAAUAUUGGAAGUGGCCACCAUGUAGCAGCAAAGAAAAGACAUGGUUCGAGCCAGCUUUUGAGCAAAACCUUUGAGGGAAUAUCAUCGUACGGUGCUGGUAGAGAGGUGGAAAACGAAGUUGGGGAAGACGUGGAAGUUGUCGAUGAAGACUACAAGGUAGAGUUAGCUGGUAAUAAUAUGCUUCCAAGCUCCAUGAAAGAAUCUGAGGAUGAUUGUGUUGAUUCGCGUGAAUCGGAUUGUGGCCAAUCUGACGAUAGUGAUGCUGGUAACAAAAGAGUUGUACCCAUUGCAACGAGCUUAUAG